AUGACCUUCAUAUGGGGUCCACCGAAGUUCUUGCUUGGAGAAGGGUUGGCGAAUGGGAUUGAACGUGUUGGAAAUUUGCAUAGUAAAGGGGAGGAAGGAUGGGUUUUGAACGAGCGGAAAGAUACACUUGGAAGUCUCUGCUUUGAGGUAGACCUUGAAGCUGAUCAGUGGCUAUUCUCGCACUGGCCGAGAAUACUAACUGGAGCGCCGGCCCCUCCCUGUAUGGGGGGUAUUGAGCUAUCACUGCACUGGGGAUUCCUGAGUGAAUUCAGGCUCGUCACUAGCUUUGUGGGACAUAAACAUAGUAGAACAUUUGCUACAACUUCAAGAGAGGAGAGACACGCGAUCACAUGUCGUGGUUUCAAUUCAAGAGGGAACCGGGCCGGUGGACUAGAAGUCGAGUCGCUGAAUGAGGCCAUUAAUCGACGCUCGGAAAAGCACCUUGGACCGAUCCUGGACCGUCCGGCAGCGUCUGCUUUAUAG